AUGGCUGUUACCUCGUACCCCUCCGACCUUGAGAAAAACUCGUCAGUGCAGAUGGACGAUGUCGUGCUUAACGAGAAAGAUCUCAAAUCGUCUGCUGCAGUUGAGGGCGGUGACUACAGUGGUGCAGUCGCCAAAACUGAUCCUGCGGAGAUUGCACUGGUGCGCAAGUUGGACUUCCGCAUCAUGCCGGCUCUGUUCUGCUUGUACUUCCUGAACAAGCUUGAUCAGAAUGCUAUCGCGAAUGCUAGAUUGAAUGGAUUGGAGAAGGAUCUAGGACUGAAGAAAACACAGUACAACACAUGCAUCUCCAUUCUCUACGUCGGAUAUUUGUUCGCCCAGAUACCCUCGAACAUGUUGAUGUCCUCCAAAAAGGUCCGCCCAUCGCUUUACAUGGCCCUCUGCGCUGGAAUCUGGGGAGCCGUUGCUUGCUUAACAGCAGUGGUGAAGAACUACACCGGACUCGUCCUCGUUCGAUUUUUCCUAGGGUUCGUAGAAGCGCCCUUCUACCCUGGCGCAUUGUACAUCUUGUCCUUGUUCUACACGCGCAAAGAGAUCGCUACACGGGUGUCGAUUCUCUAUGCCGGAAAUAUUUUUGCAGUCUCUUUCGCAGGACUUAUCGCAGCCGCUGUCUUUGCUACCCUGGAUGACAAGCAUGGAAUGCACGGAUGGCAAUGGCUCUUCAUCAUUGAAGGUCUCGUCACGAUUGGUGUGGCUAUUAUCUGCGUCUUCCUUCUCCCGGAUGAGCCUCUUACCACCCGCUGGCUCACACCUGAGGAGCGACAGCUUGCCCAUGACCGUAUGCACAGGGACACGGUCGGCGCAGAGCAGGGUAAGGGAGCGCGCGCUGGCUUCAUGCAGGCUCUUCGCGACCCAAGGCUCUAUUUGUUCGUUUUCAUGCAGAACAUGCACCUGAGCGCAACAUCCUUCAACCAGGUAGUUGUGUCAUCGCUUGGCUUCACCACGACAAUCACGCUUGUACUCACCGCGCCUCCUUCCCUAGUUGCAGGUGUCGUUGGUAUUGCAGUGGGCAUUUCAUCUGGAAAGUUCAACGAGCGCACGUGGCAUAUCUCCGCGAUGAUGGGACUCGCGACCGUAGGUUUCGUCAUCAGUGCCGUCACACUCAAUGUCGCCGCACGCUACAUUUCGUGCUUCCUCUUCGCUUCUGGUGUAUACUCUGUCAACUCCGUCAUCCUGGGCUGGGUCUCCGGCACGCUCGGUCAAACGCCCGAGAAAAAGGCCGUCUCGCUUUCCAUGGUCAACAUGGUCUCCAUGGCUAGUUUCAUCUACACGCCAUACCUGUACCCGAAGAGCGACGGGCCCAAGUACGUGAUAGCGAUGAGCGCCAAUGCUUCGUUUGCCUUUGCUACAGUGGCCGCGGCGUGGGCUAUGAGAGUCUGGCUGCAGACACAGAACAGGAGGCUGAAGCGCGAGGGCGGAAAUGUGUACUAUGCCUACUAA